UCUGAUAUUCCCCCUGGGGAGAAGCGGGCAACAUGAUGCAGAAAUUUAUCUCAUCAGUUCAAAUUAUUUUGUUACUUUCUUGGACCACAGUAUGUCUGUUUGGUCAAUCAUUUCCUGGAAAACCUAAGAUAGUAAGAUGUCGUUCUCUAGAAAAGGACACCUUUUCUUGUUGGUGGAAGCCUGGUUCAGAUGGAAGACUUCCUACCAAUUACACCUUAUUCUACAGCAAAGACAGUGAAGAAAAAAUCUAUGAAUGUCCAGACUACAGAACAUCAGGUCCCAAUUCUUGCUACUUUGAUAAAAAACACACCAACCACCGGACAACAUAUAAUAUCACUGUAAUGGCAACAAAUGAAUUUGGAAGUAACAGCUCAGAUCCUCAGUAUGUGGAUGUGACUUGCAUAGUUCAGCCAGAUUCUCCUGUGGACCUCUCUCUAGAAACAAAAACAUCUGCUGGUGUAACAGACCUUUGGGCAAAGUGGUCUCCACCUCCAUCAGCUCACAACAGCUCUAGCUGGCAUGUGUAUCACUAUGAGUUACGAUUCAAACCUGAGGAAGAGGAAAAGUGGGAGACAGUAUCUGUGGGAGUGCAGACACAGUACAAGGUGGUGAAGUUAAAUGCUGGGUUGAAGUAUGGUGUUCAGGUCCGUUGCAUGCUUGACUGUGGAGAAUGGAGUGAAUGGAGCCCAGAAAGACAAAUUCAGAUCCCCAAUGGACAGUCACCUCCUGAAAAGCCUACGAUAAUAAAAUGUCGUUCUCCAGAAAAGGAAACCUUUACUUGUUGGUGGAAACCUGGUUUAGAUGGAGGACAUCCUACUAACUAUACUUUGCUCUAUAGCAAGGAAGGAGAGGAACAAAUUUAUGAAUGCCCAGAUUACAGAACUGCAGGCCCCAAUUCCUGCUACUUUGAUAAAAAACACACCUCUUUCUGGACUAUAUACAAUAUUACUGUAAAAGCAACUAAUGAAAUGGGAAGUAACAGCUCUGAUCCUCAUUAUGUGGAUGUGACUUACAUAGUACAGCCAGAUCCUCCUGUGAAUGUAACGCUAGAAUUAAAAAAGCCAAUCAAUAGAAAACCCUAUCUGGUCUUGACGUGGUUCCCACCCCCACUGGCUGAUGUCAGAUCUGGAUGGCUUACUCUGGAGUAUGAGCUGCGACUGAAGCCUGAAGAAGGAGAGGAGUGGGAGACUAUUUUUGUUGGACAGCAAACACAGUAUAAAAUGUUUAGUUUAAAUCCGGGAAAGAAGUACAUAGUGCAGAUUCACUGCAAACCAGACCACCAUGGAUCAUGGAGUGAAUGGAGCUCAGAAAAGUAUAUUCAGAUCCCCAGUGACUAUAGAGUAAAAGAUAUGAUUGUGUGGAUCAUCGUGGGUGUCUUAUCAUCUCUCAUAUGUUUAAUCAUGAGCUGGACAAUGGUUUUAAAAGGAUACAGGAUGAUAGCCUUUAUCCUACCACCAGUCCCGGGACCAAAGAUAAAAGGCAUAGAUACACAUCUGCUGGAGGCGGGGAAGUCUGAAGAAUUAUUGAGUGCUCUUGGUUGCCAUGGUUUCCCUCCAACAUCGGACUGUGAGGAACUACUGAUAGAAUAUCUUGAGGUGGAGGACAGCGAGGAUCAGCAACUCAGGCAAAGUCAUAACAACGGUCAUCCCGGUAAAAACGCAAAAAUGACAUCCAAGGAAACCGACAGUGACUCAGGACGAGGGAGCUGUGACAGUCCAUCUCUGCUCUCUGAGAAGUGCAGGGAGUCCUGCACCCUUCCAUCGAAACUUCCUUCACAAGAUGUAAGAGAGAUUCAUGAAAAUAAUGCAGGAAAAAAGGGUUGGGAGACUCAGUGUGUAGCCUCUUCAGAAGACAAAGCACUCCCUUUCAACAUUGCAGGGACAAAAUCAUCCACGUGGCCUGCAGCUAAUACUCAUCCUUCUACAUUUGCCUAUCAUAGUACUGUAGAUGCACAGAAGAUAACACUAAGUACCACAAAUGUGAAUGCUGCACCAGUUCUGGUGGGAAAUGAAGAAAAGCAUCAGUCACGAUAUUCUACCAGUGAAACUCUAUGUGAAGAAAACUUGGAAAAGCAACGAGAGAUGGAGAAUAUGCAUUCCAAAAAUGACCAAAGCACAAUACAGGUCAAUCAAAACAAACUCAAUGAAAAGUCAUCUUUUUUAAAUGCUAAAAUAAUGGAUUACGUAGAGGUCCACAAAGUUAGACAGGAUGAGAAUUCAGCAGUAUUACUGAAACAUAAAGAAAAUAAUGGAAAAAUUGAAAAAUACACAAUUUCAGGAAACAGCAAAGAAUAUACAAAGGUCUCAACAGUUGUGGACCACAAUAUUCUAGUAUUAAUGCCAGAUCCAAGAGUCCAGCACACACCUGUAUAUCAGGAACCUGCAAAGGAAAUGUCUCAGACCCUUCAGCAAGGCCAAGUCGAGAAAAACAUGAGCUACUGUCUGCCAGUUCCAAGUGAGUGCCAAAGAGAGGCCGGUGGAUCAGAGUACAUGGACCCAUCUUCCUUUAUGCCCUCCUUUAAAUAACUGAAAGUUUGAUUAUUCUUCAUCAGGUAAUGCUACAGAAUGAGUUAAGUACAAUCAGUACAAUAAAGCUAAGCUCUGUGUUUCAGGAUUAUGCUACUACAUCAUAAUUGUGGCUUACACCUUUUCCUAGCUGACAAGUCUUUGAUUUGCGUAUUGAUUUGCUUAAUAGUUGUGUACAGUGCAAGGAAAACAUGCAGGAAAGCGUUCCUUAAAAAAACUACCCUCCUAUGUGUAUUAUAGAGAGAAUAAAAUA